AUUGGGGGAUGCCCUCGAGCCCCAGAGGAUUCCCUAAUCUGUCCAUCCAGGUGUGCCGCAGGAAGAAGGAUAGCUCUCCUGUAUUUUCUUGCCAAAUUUCCAGGAAACUGCCCCAUCAUUGGGAGGGUGUGGUGUUUCUCUACCCCUUAACCCGGGAGUAGGGUGGGAACCAAUUAUUAUUUACACAUGCGCCCACACACACUGAAAGCUGGCUGGGUUUAGGACCGGAAUGGAGAGGAAACGACUAACAAUGGUCUCACGUUGGUCCUGUCACCUUGCAGAUUGGCUAGGACUCGCGUAACUGUUUAAUCCUUAACUGCUAAGGGUUUUAGAUACCCACCCUGGUUUGAUUUUCUCUCCGCGAUGAGGCGUGUCGCGUUUCUCAACCUUCCCUGAGAGAUAACUUCAUCACCUGGCGACCCCCCCCUCCCCCCCAAUUUUGGGCUGGUGUGCAACAGCGGCUGCCUUUCUAGGCGCUGAUAGCAGCCACCGUUUUGCGACCGUUAAAGCGCGUUGCUGUUAUUAUCGCUGGCUGGGGAGUUUGUCCUGCUUGGCUCGCCGUGCGACGGUGGGAGGGCAGGGGGCAGGCUGAGAUGGGAGAGGGCAUGUCCAAGCGACUGAAGGUGCAAUUGGGAAGUGAAGCGGAGAUGGAGGAGAGGGCGUUCAAUAACCCCUACCCAGAUUAUCAGCCUCAUGGAACCGCCGCCUCGGCCAGCACUACUCCGCCUUCCCCCAGCGACUCGGAGGGCAAUCGGUGCAGUUCGGCUUCGCCCCAAAGAGACGACUCCCUCCCCUUCGAUAGCGACGGGCAGAUCAGCCCGUAUUUUAAUAAGAAAAUUACAACUAAAAUUAAAGACUUAUUGCAACAAAUGGAAGAAGGAUUAAAGACAGCAGAUCCUCAUGACUGCUCUGCAUAUACUGGCUGGACAGGCAUAGCGCUCUUGUAUCUUCAGCUAUAUCGUGUGACAAACGAGCCAACUCACCUACAGCGAUCCCUGGAUUAUGUGAAGAGAAUCCUACGCAAUCUGAAUGGAAGAAGAGUUACAUUCCUCUGCGGUGAUGCUGGACCUUUGGCAGUGGGAGCAGUUGUGUAUCACAAGCUGAAGAAUGACAGUGAAUCCAAGGAGUGUGUGACCAAACUUUUGCAGCUCCAGAGAAUGGUCCUUGCUUCAGAUUCUGACCUUCCAGAUGAGUUGCUUUAUGGAAGAUCUGGUUACUUGUAUGCUUUGCUUUAUCUGAAUACUGAAAUUGGUCCUGAGACAGUGCCGCAGUCAGUAAUCAAAGAGGUUGUGGAAUCCAUCACUGAGUCAGGGAAAAACUUUUCCAGAGAAGAACGAAAGACUGAACGGUGCCCAUUACUGUACCAGUGGCACCGGAAGCAGUAUGUGGGAGCAGCCCAUGGUGUGGCUGGGAUUUACUACAUGCUUAUGCAGCCAGCAGCUAAUGUCGACCGGGAGACAUUGAUGGAACUUUUGAAGCCAAGCAUUGACUAUGUGCGUCAUAAAAAAUUCCGAUCUGGGAAUUAUCCCUCAUCUUUAAGCAAUGAAACUGACAGGCUGGUGCAUUGGUGUCAUGGGGCACCUGGAGUCAUCCAUAUGCUCAUGCAAGCCUAUAAGGUUUUCAAGGAAGAUAAAUAUUUGAAGGAUGCUAUGGAAUCUAGUGAUGUCAUUUGGCAAAGAGGGUUGUUGAGGAAAGGGUAUGGAAUCUGUCACGGGACUGCUGGAAAUGGCUACUCUUUCUUAUCCCUUUAUCACCUAACUCAGGAUAAAAAGUAUCUUUACCGAGCUUGCAAGUUUGCUGAGUGGUGUCUAGACUAUGGUGCGCAUGGAUGCCGUAUUCCUGACCGCCCCUACUCAUUGUUUGAAGGCAUGGCAGGAGCUAUCCACUUCCUCUCUGACAUCUUGGUUCCUGAACAGUCCCGCUUCCCAGCAUUUGAGCUUAGUCCUCAAAGGAAAGAAAACAAAGAGGAGAGGAACAGCUAAAUGGGAGACGAAGCUGGAGCCAGAAGCAACAAGACUGCCGAGUGCCUAAAGUAUAGUGGAGCAACGUUGGAGUCCAAGCAGCGAGAUGCAGGAAAACUUUCUUGGCUGUCCUUCAAAGGACUGCAUUUGUCAUUAGCGCAUGAGAGAGAAUUCCAUACCUUGAUGUUUCCUUACACGAGAUACCUUUAACAGGGCAAAGAGCAAAUUUCAGUUUGUUGGGACGUUUCUUGUUUGGCUUUCACAGUUGCCUCUUCAGGUCUUUCGAGCGUUUGCAUGUUUCUCGGUGUUGUCUGUAAGUGUGAUUCCCCCACCCUUGUUUGUGGCAAAGCUGAAAAGCAUUCUGUAACAUCCAGUCCUGUUGUUUUUCUGUGCAUGGCUGUACUAACAACACAAUUCUCUUUCUGCAGCUGGAAAGUACAUGGUCACAAACUCCUUUUAUUGCAGGGAGGGAUAACAUAUAUGCUGGGUUGCUUCUUUGUGCAGCUGGACCAUGAUCAUAACUCCCAGUUUAUGAAGAAAAACUACCCCUUUGGUGGUGUUGCACAUGCAGUAUUUGAUUAUUGUGGUUGGCAGACAACAGAAGCCACAGAGACAAAGAGCCACAGAAAACAAAAUGGCUUGUUGUGAUUUGGUUUCUCAGUGGAACCCAAGUAAUCUGUUCUGAUUAAGAAGGCAAUGAUAGCUCCCCUGCGAGCUUUGGUUGUCCUAGUUUUGUCGUUUCAUCCUUUGAAACUUCAUAUUUUCUUUGCAUUCUUCCAUUCGAGAGCUACAUAUUCAGUAGGUCACUCAUUCAGAACUUUCUCAAUAAAUGUUUACUCUUCAUAUUUACUGUUUCACAUCUUCUAAAAGAAUCUGAAUAAAAUAAGUUUUGUGUACCAUUUGGGGUGAAAGGGUUAGUGUUAAAACUAACCCAAAACUGUCCAGUCACUGAAGAUAAACCCCACUCUUAGAAUGGAUAUUUAAAAGUUGUUGUACCAAAUUGCUCUGAUUUUGUGAUGGCUAUUGUAUUGUUUCUAGGGUAACAUGAAAGGGCAGUUUCACAGUCAGUGGAACCUUUUCUUAAGGAGGGAUGGUGGGUUUGUGAAGGGAAAACUGGUUGCCACAAUGUUUUGCUGUUCAAAUGGUUUUUCAAAAAAUAUAAAUACAUUUAGCAAAAUAUACAACUGUUUUGAACAAUUAUGUUCAAUCUGUCCAUUUGCAAAAAAAGCAAAGUAAGUGAGCGAUUCCAAAGUUUCUCUGGAAGUCUCUUACACAAGUGGGAAGUGAUCUUUCACUGUUUCUUGAUAGCAUCAUGUUAUGGAUGUAUUACUGUGCUCAUUCCAUAGGUGUCUUUACCUUAAGGAAAUUUGGAACAUGUCAUCUUAAUAUCAAGAGAAAUCCUACAUUGGCCUUCCCUAACCUGAUGUCCUUCAUGCCAGCUGUGUUUUCCAGGAG